AUGAGGAACGUGGGUGGUGCGGAGGCCGGCCGCCCGGCCGGCUGUGGGAUGGUGAGCGGGGCGGCGGGGUCGGGCCGGCCUCUCCGUCCGCGCUACCGCGGGGCUCCUCAGGGCGGCCUGGAGACGGCUUCCAGCUGGGAGGGAGGCACCGCCGAGGGGGGCUCCCCGACGGAGGAACCAGCCCCCGCCUUCCCUGUCAGCCAAGAGGAGAGGGAAGAGCUGCGAGAGGUCUUUGAGUUGUUCGAUCCUGAUGGCUCGGGCCUGAUCGAUGUCAGCGACUUGAAGAUAACUGUAAGGGCUCUGGGCUGUGAAUUGAGGGAAGAGGAGGUGGAGAGAAUCUUUUCUGAAUGCAGUGAAGAAGGGUCAGGGAAGCUAACCUUUGAGUUGUUUCUGCAGGUGAUGACUCAGAAAAUGGCAGAGCCAUGUUUGGAAGAGGUGAUCCCAGAAGCUUUCGAGGUGUUUGAUUAUGAUGGCACUGGCAAGAUCGCCUUUGAGAAUCUCAGGGUGAUGGCUAGUGAGGUUGGGGAAGACAUCACGGAUGAGGAGCUGCAGGAGAUGAUUGAUGAAGCAGAUGUGGAUGGAGAUGGGGACGUGGACGAACAGGAGUUCCUACGGAUUCUGACGCUGACCGACCCGUAA